AUGUGCGGAAAGAUGGAGAGACCCGAUAUAGAGUACUUAAAUCUCCCUGAAAAAAUAAAGAAAAAGUUGUAUGAUUGCAACAUAAAUACGAUUGAGAAGUUAAGUACAAAUUAUCUGGAGAACGUGGACGCGGAGGAGGUCAAUGUAGGACAGAAUGAACUGUUUAGUUACCACUUGCGAGAAUUGGGAGUGCCAAAUGACUGGGGGGAAGAAGGCCAAGUAGACUAUUCGAAGAACCCCCUCCAUGGUUACAACCACGCCGUGAGCGAUCAGGAAAAUUACUGCUACGGUGGGAGUUCUGUUAACACGGAUGAUGGGGGAGGCUCGACUGACGGCACGAUGGUCGACUCCAUGAACGGUUCGGUUGAGUCUCCUUCAUCUUCUUCAUCAGCGUCAGUGCAAAUGUCGACAUCUAUGAUAAUGUCCAUGAUGAAAUCCAUGCCCAUGUCUACCACGGGACAUGGGCACGCCGUACCAACUUCUCCUCUGGGAAGGAGAAAAUACUCAGUGCUCAAAAGUAUCAACCCCUUGACCUACCUGAAGAGCAGCAACAACUCAGUCGGCGCGUCGGAAAGACUCACAAAUAAUAGCAUACCUGUAGUUAUGUCUAGCUGUAAAUCCCCCAAAGGACUGGAGAAGAACUUUCUGGCCUGCUCUAAUUAUAUGAAGGCAUCUCUGAGCGAGGUAACCUCUGUCAAAACGAAUAGCCAUGCACUAAACAAGCUCCUCGGAAACGGAAUCCAAAGAUCCAAAAUAUACUUCUUCUAUGGGAAAAAGACAAAAAUGAAUAAAGUAAUUUUGCUUAAUUUGUUAUGCGACUUCCUCUCUGGAAGCCCCCCCACUGCAGUGGCUGUGUUCAUAUAUUUCAGCUACAUUAACGACGUUACUGUAAUUGAAAAAAUUUUAAAAAAGAAAAUUACAAGGGAGAGAGAAAAAAAGGUCUCUUUGGAUGAUAUCCUUAACAGGUUAUUUAUUUUUCGUGUCCGAAAUUGGAGCGAACUUAUCAGCUUCUUGGCAAAUGUAAGAAAGCAGAAGAACCCCAAAAAAGGGGACCAGAAGAACCCAUUUACAAGCCAGCUAGCCAAUUUGGCAUGCAUUGGAAUAGACAAUUUUACAAAUUUGUUCAAGCAGUUAAGUGUACAGAACACGAACACCUACUUCUACCUCGUCCGGGAGUUAAAAAUUCUUUCCGUUACGUUUAACAUUCCCAUCCUUAUAUUUGACUAUGCAAAGUAUCGAAUGGAAGGAACGGUUCACUCGGGAAAAAGGCAGUGCAAUGAGGAAGAGGGCGCACAGGACGGUAAAAGCACAGGGAAUAAUUACCAUUACAGAAGCAGAAAAACAAAGUGGAACGCGAAUGCUUGGUUGAGUUAUGAGAGGACAAGCCGUUUGAACCGUUCAGAAGAGGAACACGCUCCGAAUGCUCUCAUGGAUGAUGUGAAAAAUUGGACCGGUAGGAUGAAUAAAAGGGCCAAGUGGAAAAUUAGCCCACUGCUCUUUGACAGCACGGAUAGUAGUAGCGGCACGGAGGACUCGGUGUCCUACGCAGAUUACCACCAGGGAGAAGGCAACAGUCUUGGCAGUCUUGGCAGUCCUGGCAGUUCUGGCAGAUUAGAAAGUGAGCCAAGUGUUGACAGUGGGCGAAGUGUUUACGGUGAAGGAAGUGUUUACGGUGAGGGAAGUGUUUACGGUGAGGGAAGUGUUUACGGUGAGGGAAGUGUUUACGGUGAGGGAAGUGUUUACAGUGGGAAAAGUGUUUACGGUGGGAAAAGCAUUUACCGUGGAUGCUCCCCCUUGUGCAAAUCAACCGAGACGGGCCAGGACCACGCCUCCUCCAUCAGCAUUCACAUCGAAGAAACAACAAGACAGGGAUCAAAUGAUGAUAAAAAAAACGCAUUCCCAAUCUUGCACAACAGCAAAUAUAACUCAAACAAAACGUUCGUGCCGUACUACACUUAUAACUUAUUCGAUUGUGUCCUGGAAAUUGAAAUCCUUCAAAAGGCGCGAAGCAGUAAAAAAAUUGUUCAAUUCACUCUACUGAAAUCACAGAAUAGCAUUACUCAUUUGUACGUAAACUGCUGCAUUCAGAAGUGUACACUGAUGGACGUGGCGUAG